ACUGUGUGCAGAUGGUCCUUAUAUCUCCAGAGGAGGAUGUCGGAAUCUGAAGUCGGGAAAGACACCACCCCAGAGCCCAGUCCAGCCAAUGGGACUGGCCCUGGCCCUGGCCCUGAAUGGGGGCUCUGUCCUGGACCUCCAACUGUGGGAACUGAUACCAGUGGGGCAUCAGGCCUGGGGACCCCAAGACGAAGAACCCAGCACAACAAACACAAGACUGUGGCAGUGGCCAGUGUGCAGAGAUCACCCCGAGCGCUCUUCUGUCUCACCCUAACCAAUCCCAUUCGUCGGUCCUGCAUCAGCAUUGUGGAGUGGAAGCCUUUUGAUAUUCUCAUCCUCUUAACGAUCUUUGCCAACUGCGUGGCACUGGGGGUAUAUAUCCCCUUCCCUGAGGACGACUCCAACACAGCCAACCACAACUUGGAACAGGUAGAAUACGUGUUCCUGGUGAUUUUCACCGUGGAGACAGUGCUCAAGAUCGUGGCCUACGGGCUGGUGCUCCAUCCCAGCGCCUACAUUCGCAAUGGUUGGAACCUACUCGACUUCAUCAUCGUCGUGGUCGGGUUGUUCAGCGUGCUGCUGGAGCAAGGACCUGGGCGGCCAAGAGAUGCCCCGCAUACUGGAGGAAAACCGGGAGGCUUCGAUGUAAAGGCACUGAGGGCAUUUAGGGUGCUACGACCACUAAGGCUAGUGUCUGGGGUCCCGAGCCUGCACAUAGUGCUCAAUUCCAUCAUGAAAGCGCUUGUGCCGCUGCUGCACAUUGCCCUGUUGGUGCUUUUCGUCAUUAUCAUUUACGCCAUCAUCGGACUCGAGCUGUUCCUCGGACGAAUGCACAAGACGUGCUACUUCCUGGGAUCUGAUAUGGAGGCAGAGGAGGACCCGUCGCCUUGUGCAUCUUCUGGCUCCGGGCGUUCAUGCACACUGAACCAAACUGAGUGCCGCGGGCGCUGGCCAGGACCCAACGGUGGCAUCACGAACUUUGAUAAUUUUUUCUUUGCCAUGCUAACUGUGUUCCAAUGUAUUACCAUGGAAGGCUGGACAGACGUCCUCUACUGGAUGCAGGAUGCCAUGGGAUAUGAGCUACCUUGGGUGUACUUUGUGAGCCUCGUUAUCUUUGGGUCCUUCUUUGUCCUCAACCUUGUGCUUGGAGUUCUAAGCGGGGAGUUCUCCAAGGAAAGAGAAAAGGCAAAAGCCCGAGGUGACUUUCAGAAGCUUCGGGAGAAGCAGCAGAUGGAAGAGGACCUUCGGGGCUACCUGGACUGGAUCACACAGGCUGAGGAGUUAGAUCUUCAUGACCCCUCAGUAGACGGCAACUUGGCUUCUCUUGCUGAAGAGGGACGGGCUGGCCAUCGGCCACAACUGUCAGAGCUGACCAAUAGGAGGCGCGGACGGCUGCGCUGGUUCAGCCAUUCUACUCGCUCCACACACUCCACCAGCAGCCAUGCCAGCCUCCCAGCCAGUGAUGCUGGCUCCAUGACAGACACCCCUGGAGAUGAGGAUGAAGAGGAGGGGACCAUGGCCAGCUGUACACACUGCCUAAACAAGAUUAUGAAAACCAAAGUCUGCCGCCACUUCCGCCGAGUCAACCGGGGUCUCCGUGCACGCUGCCGCCGGGCAGUCAAGUCCAACGCCUGCUACUGGGCUGUACUGCUGCUCGUCUUCCUCAACACACUGACCAUCGCUUCAGAGCACCACGGGCAGCCUGUGUGGCUCACCCAGACCCAAGAGUAUGCCAACAAAGUUCUGCUCUGCCUCUUCACCGUGGAGAUGCUUCUCAAACUGUACGGCCUGGGCCCCUCUGUCUACGUUGCCUCCUUUUUCAACCGCUUUGACUGCUUCGUGGUCUGUGGGGGCAUCCUAGAAACCACUUUAGUGGAGGUGGAGGCCAUGCAGCCUCUCGGCAUCUCAGUGCUCCGAUGUGUGCGUCUCCUCAGGAUCUUCAAGGUCACCAGGCACUGGGCAUCUCUGAGCAAUCUGGUGGCAUCCUUGCUCAAUUCCAUGAAGUCCAUCGCCUCCUUGCUGCUUCUCCUCUUUCUCUUUAUCAUCAUCUUCUCCCUGCUUGGCAUGCAGCUGUUUGGGGGCAAGUUCAACUUUGACCAGACCCACACCAAGAGAAGUACCUUUGAUACCUUCCCCCAAGCCCUCCUCACUGUCUUUCAGAUCCUGACCGGUGAGGAUUGGAACGUGGUCAUGUAUGAUGGUAUCAUGGCCUACGGUGGCCCCUUCUUCCCAGGGAUGCUGGUUUGUGUUUAUUUCAUCAUCCUCUUUAUCUGCGGCAACUACAUCCUACUGAACGUGUUUCUUGCCAUUGCUGUGGAUAACCUAGCGAGCGGGGAUGCAGGCACUGCCACAGACAAGGGCAGAGAGAAGAGCAGUGAAGGAAACCCUCCGCAGGAGAACAAAGCACUGGUGCCUGGUGAAGAGAAUGAAGAUGCAGAGGGCACAAAAAGUGAAGAAGCAGCACCAGGCAUGGAGGAAGAGGAGGAGGAAGAAGAGGAGGAGGGGGAGGAGGAAAAUGGUGCAGGACACGUGGAACUCUUGCAGGAAGUUGUACCCAAGGAGAAGGUGGUACCCAUCCCUGAAGGCAGUGCCUUCUUCUGCCUCAGUCAAACCAACCCACUUCGGAAGGCCUGCCACACUCUCAUACAUCACCAUAUCUUCACCAGUCUCAUCCUGGUGUUCAUCAUCCUCAGUAGUGUGUCCCUGGCUGCUGAAGACCCCAUCCGAGCCCACUCGUUCCGAAACCAUAUUCUAGGAUAUUUUGAUUAUGCCUUCACCUCCAUUUUCACUGUGGAAAUUCUACUAAAGAUGACAGUGUUUGGGGCCUUCCUGCACCGAGGCUCUUUCUGCCGUAGCUGGUUCAAUCUGUUGGAUCUGCUUGUGGUCAGUGUGUCCCUCAUCUCCUUCGGCAUCCACUCCAGUGCCAUCUCAGUUGUGAAGAUUCUCCGAGUCCUCCGAGUCCUGCGGCCUCUCCGAGCUAUCAACAGAGCCAAGGGACUCAAGCAUGUGGUGCAGUGUGUGUUUGUGGCCAUCCGGACCAUUGGAAACAUCAUGAUCGUCACCACCCUCUUACAGUUCAUGUUCGCCUGCAUUGGUGUUCAGCUCUUCAAGGGAAAAUUCUACAGUUGCACUGAUGAGGCCAAACACACCCUGAAAGAAUGCAAGGGCUCCUUCCUCAUCUACCCUGAUGGAGAUGUGUCACGACCUUUGGUCCGGGAGCGGCUCUGGGUCAACAGUGAUUUCAACUUUGACAACGUCCUUUCAGCCAUGAUGGCCCUGUUCACUGUCUCUACCUUUGAAGGCUGGCCUGCGUUACUAUACAAAGCCAUAGAUGCAAACGCAGAAGAUGAGGGCCCCAUCUACAAUUACCAUGUGGAGAUAUCAGUAUUCUUUAUCGUCUACAUCAUCAUCAUCGCCUUCUUCAUGAUGAACAUCUUUGUGGGCUUUGUUAUCAUCACAUUCCGUGCCCAGGGAGAACAGGAAUACCAAAACUGUGAACUGGACAAGAACCAGCGCCAGUGUGUGGACUAUGCCCUCAAAGCUCAGCCACUCCGUCGAUACAUCCCCAAGAAUCCACAUCAGUACCGAGUGUGGGCCACUGUGAACUCUGCUGCCUUUGAGUACCUCAUGUUUCUGCUCAUCCUGCUCAACACGGUUGCCCUAGCCAUGCAGCACUAUGAGCAGACUGCUCCCUUUAACUAUGCCAUGGACAUCCUCAACAUGGUCUUCACUGGCCUCUUCACCAUUGAGAUGGUGCUCAAAAUCAUCGCCUUUAAACCCAAGCAUUACUUUACCGAUGCCUGGAAUACGUUCGAUGCUCUUAUUGUAGUGGGCAGCGUAGUCGACAUUGCCGUCACAGAAGUCAAUAAUGGAGGCCAUCUUGGCGAGAGCUCAGAGGACAGCUCCCGCAUAUCUAUCACGUUCUUUCGCCUCUUCCGAGUCAUGCGGCUGGUCAAGCUUCUCAGUAAGGGUGAGGGCAUCCGCACACUCCUCUGGACGUUCAUCAAAUCUUUCCAGGCCUUGCCCUAUGUGGCACUUCUCAUAGCAAUGAUAUUCUUCAUCUAUGCAGUCAUUGGCAUGCAGAUGUUUGGCAAGGUGGCUCUUCAGGACGGAACGCAGAUAAAUCGAAACAACAAUUUCCAGACUUUUCCGCAGGCUGUGCUGCUUCUGUUCAGAUGUGCCACUGGUGAGGCAUGGCAAGAGAUAAUGCUAGCCAGCCUUCCAGGAAGUCGAUGUGACCCUGAGUCUGAUUUUGGCCCAGGCGAGGAAUUUACCUGUGGUAGCAGCUUUGCCAUUGUCUACUUUAUCAGCUUCUUCAUGCUCUGUGCCUUCCUGAUUAUAAAUCUCUUUGUGGCUGUAAUCAUGGAUAACUUUGAUUACCUAACCAGAGAUUGGUCUAUCCUGGGACCCCACCACCUUGAUGAAUUCAAGAGGAUCUGGUCUGAAUAUGACCCCGGAGCCAAGGGCCGCAUCAAGCACCUGGAUGUGGUUGCACUGCUGAGACGCAUCCAGCCCCCACUGGGAUUUGGAAAGCUCUGCCCACACCGAGUGGCCUGCAAGAGACUUGUGGCAAUGAAUGUGCCCCUCAACUCAGAUGGAACAGUGACAUUCAACGCUACACUUUUUGCCUUGGUGCGGACAUCCUUGAAGAUCAAGACAGAAGGGAACCUGGAUCAAGCCAACCAGGAGCUUCGGAUGGUCAUCAAAAAGAUCUGGAAGAGGAUAAAGCAGAAAUUGUUGGAUGAGGUCAUCCCCCCUCCAGAUGAGGAGGAGGUCACUGUGGGAAAAUUUUAUGCCACAUUUCUGAUCCAAGAUUAUUUUCGGAAAUUCCGGAGAAGGAAAGAAAAGGGGCUACUAGGAACGGAGGCCCCAACAACCACAUCGUCUGCCCUCCAGGCUGGUCUAAGGAGCCUACAGGAUUUGGGUCCUGAGAUCCGACAGGCCCUCACCUGUGACACUGAGGAAGAAGAAGAAGAGGAAGAGGCAGUGGGUCAGGAGGCUGGGGAGGAGGAAGCUGAGAACAAGCCAGAAACACACAAGGACUCCAUAGACUCCCAGCCCCAAUCUCGAUGGAGCUCUAGGAUGUCGGUGUCUCUACCUGUUAAGGAGAAACUCCCAGAUUCUCUCUCAACUGGGCCUAGUGAUGAUGAUGGAGUGACCCCCAACUCCAGGCAGCCCAGUGUGCUACAGGCUGUAUCCCAACCCCACAGGAGAAGCUCCGGGGUUUUCAUGUUCACUAUCCCGGAAGAAGGAAGUACUCAACUCAAGGGACUUCAAGGGCAGGACAAUCAGAAUGAGGAACAGGAAGUCCCUGCCUGGACCCCCGACCAGGAUGAGCAGGCAGGGACUCCCUUUAACCCAGUCCUUUUACCACCUCACUGGACCCAGCAACAUGUAAACGGGCACCAUAUACCACGCCGACGUUUGCUGCCCCCCACACCUGCAGGUCGGAAGCCCUCCUUCACCAUCCAGUGUCUGCAACGCCAGGGCAGUUGUGAAGAUUUACCCAUCCCAGGCACCUACCAUCGUGGACGGACGUCAGGACCAGGCAGGGCACAGGGUUCCUGGGCAGCCCCUCCUCAGAAGGGUCGGCUGCUAUAUGCCCCCCUAUUGUUGGUGGAGGAAUCUACAGUAGGUGAAGGAUACCUUGGCAAACUCGGUGGCCCACUGCGUACCUUCACCUGUCUGCAAGUGCCUGGAGCUCAUUCGGAUCCCAGCCACCGCAAGAGGGGCAGUGCUGACAGUUUGGUGGAGGCUGUGCUCAUCUCCGAAGGCUUAGGUCUCUUUGCCCAAGACCCACGAUUUGUGGCCCUGGCCAAGCAGGAGAUUGCAGAUGCAUGUCACCUGACCCUGGAUGAGAUGGACAGCGCUGCCAGUGACCUGCUAGCACAGAGAACCACCUCCCUUUACAGUGACGAGGAGUCUAUUCUCUCCCGCUUUGAUGAAGAGGACCUGGGAGAUGAGAUGGCCUGUGUCCAUGCCCUCUAAAUUCUUACACCUCAUCUACUGGUCAAUAAACUCCCUGCUCUUCCUUCCCCCAGAGGGAGGCAAGCAUGGACCACACACUGA